AUGAUGGACACCGUACAAGACACUCCGGCUGUGAUCCAGGGGGAUGUAGUAUUCGACGGUCGAGUCAUCUUAUAUGUCAUCAAAGCGGACGAGACUUCGUACAUCAACUACAUCAAACCGCUCAUCCUCGCGCGAGAGAUGCACAUUCCGCAUCUUCUGUCCGUCAUUGACACAAAGGAUGAGUGGUUCUAUCGAAUUCAUCCAGAGCGAAUGGUUCCAUCGCUGAGGGAUGAGGAUCCCACGACAAAACAGGAGGUGAUUGUGUUUGAGAGCACCGCGUGCCUUCAGUACCUUGCGGACCGGUUUGACCACGACGGUACCUGGACGGGACGGAAUGCUACGGAGAAAGGGGCGGUGCUCUCCUGGACCGCCUAUCAAACCGCCGGACUAGGGCCGACAGCCAAGUAUUGGCUCUAUUUUUGUCGCGGAUAUCCGAAUCGACAGAAUCCCGUCCAGCUUCCCCGAACAAUCGAAAAACUUCAUGCGAAUUGCCUGCGGCAAUGGGAUAUUCUGGAGAAGAGGCUCUCGUUACCGGGACAGGACUACAUUGCUCUUGUUGAUCGACCCACGCUGGCCGAUCUCUCGUACUUCCCGUUCGCCAUGCCGUGGAUGUUUCACUUCCUUGGGGUGAACAUCCAGGAUUGGCCACACAUCCAGCGGUGGAGUGAAAGGAUGCUGCAGCGACCUGCAGUCAAGGCGGUUCUAGAAAUGGCUCCCAAGAUUGGCCAUUGA